CUUGGCCAAAGAAGCCAACAAAAGGCAUAUGCAUGUGUACAUAUUCUUUUUCUUGGCCAAAGGAAUCAAGAAGAACAGGCAUCACAUUGUACAGAAUUUUUUUUCUGAACAUUGCUUUUCUCUGUCCCCAAACGGUUGCAGCUACAGAAUAGCGUGUGACCAUGGACCUCUGCCUGGCCCCUGGUCUCGCCCCAUUUUGCUUCCUCCUGGCAUUUGCUUCCUGUAGAGGCGAUGCCAUUGUCACUGUGCUACACAAGGAACAUGGCUAGCAGUAUCGGCCUCCUCCCAUGUAUAUAUAUGGUCCACCCUCCUGCCGACGUCACGCCUCCAUCCACACACUCUCCGGUCACUUCUCCGCCUCCCUCGCCUCUCCGCAUCCAGUUCUUGCCGAGCUUCCGUACUAAAAAUUAAAUCUUGGCCGUGGCUGGGCUUGCCGAGCGGUGGAAGUGAAGAGAUCCGGUGGAGGGGAAGCUCGUCCGGUGACGCAGAAGCUCGAUCCGGCAGGGAAACUGCAUCGAGGGUGGACGCGGAGGCGAUGGCGGUGGUCGGGGGCCACGUGCGGGUGCGCGUGGCGGGGCGGCUCGUCCGCGCCGUCGCCAUGGAGGAACUCCACCUUGCCGUGCUCGACCAGAUGUUGCUCGGUGGAUGGCAAGGCUGGAUCUCAGCUCCACCAUCCUUUGCUUCCUGAAGAUCAAAGAUGAUACACAGCUGCCCAAAGCAGUGCCCUUCCCUUACACCAUCACCACCUUCAACAGCUCAUGUGGCUGGUAACUCUGCAUCCCAAGCCAAGGCUCUCCUUCAAUAGAACACAUUCAUGUAAAAAUUGUUAUGGAGCAACAAAGACCAAAGAACACAUGGAGAAAAAAAAAUGUAUGAGCUUGAUCAUCUGGAUUGUUUUAGAUUCUGAAAGCCUUCUUGCUUCAUUGGCAGAGGCUGCAUUCUUCAUUGGACUAGGGGAGAACAGGGAGCAGAGGGACGCCGGCGGCCUGGAGAUCGCCUGGAGCAGAUUCUUCCUCUCGCCCGGAGCAGAGGACGAGGAGGACGCGGGGGGCUUGUCGGAGGACGACCUGCGGCUGCGCUUGGCGUCGGAGGUGCUGGCGUCGCCGGGGAAGCUGAUGCGGGAGAAGACCCUGGCCUUGGCCUUGACCGCUGCCUUCGCGUGCUCAGCCUCGUGCCGCGACGCCGGCGGCGGCUGUGGAGGGGCAGGUCGUCGUAGCGGUCGGAGGAAGUCCGGGCGGCAGAAGGGCUCGCUUGGACUUGCUGGCCGGAGGAGGUGGUGGGGCGGCAACUUGUGGAGGCGGAGCUCGCCUGGGAAUACGAUCGGGAGUAGGAGGGGCUGGAAUUGUUAAGGUUUUACGAUGUGAAGGGUUUUUCUGUAAAAUGUCAUUUAGUUCAAAUGAAAUUCUCCUGGUGUCAAUUUUUCGGGACGGAGGGAGUACAUGAGAACUACAGAAGACACAUGAAGCGUUGCUUAAGGCA